AUGGAGCUGCAAACCUCACACCUCUCAAGAACACCUGAGGGCCUUAAAGUUGGUGAGAUGAUGGAUGAGUCAGACGAUGAUUUUAAGGAACUCUGUGCCACCUUUCUCCAAAGGGUGAAAAAGAAUGGCACCAAGGAGGUGUCGGGGGAAAGGAAGACACAAAAGGCCUCAAACAGCACUGAGAUAAGCAAACUGAAAAGGACCAAACCAGCUGCUACCAAGAGCAAACCCCUUCAAGGCCCCAGGGAGAAGAAGAGUCGGUCUGGCAGCCAGGCCCCAAGGACUAAAAGGCAAGGGGCACCCAAGUUGCAGGAGAGCAAACCAGCUCCCCCUGAGAAUGGAGAGGGAAGUGUGCCUGCCUCUGCUGUGCUCCGGGAGAGUGUGCAGAACCCCCAGACAGAAGCGACUCGGGACAGCGACUCCCAGCCCCCUCCUUCCCAUCUGACAGUGAUGGGGCCGAGUCCCUCCAAACCCCGGACAGCAGAGCUGGUCCUGCAGCGAAUGCAGCAGUUCAAGAGAGCAGACCCUGAGCGCCUGCAGCAUGCUUCCAAACGGUGCUCCCUGGAGUCUGCGGUUGAAGAAAACCUGCCGAAGGGCCCUGGAGAGGAGAUGACAGGGGAUGGGUUGGGGCCCGGGCUCCCUGCCACAGAGAGCGACGCGGCGGUGGCCUUGGCCCUGCAGCAGGAGUUUGGCCAGGAAAAAGCAUCCUUACAUGAGAACCUGGAGGAGACGGGGUGGUUCUUCUGCCAGAUCUGUCGUAAGAAUCUCUCAGCCAUGAACGUGACACGGAGGGAGCAGCAUGUGAACCGGUGCUUAGAUGAGACUGAAAAGGCAUUGACACCCUCCACACCUCGGAUCCCCGAAUGCCCGAUUUGUGGGAAGCCAUUUCUCACCCCAAAGAGCAGAAUCAGUCACCUGAAACAGUGCGCAGUGAAGAUGGAUGUCGGCCCCCAGCUCCUGCUCCAGGCUGUGCGACUGCAGACGGCUCUGCCGGAGGGGGCCAGUGGCAUACUGGCAUCAAGCUUCAGCAAUCACGUUGGAGGUCUGAAGCAGAGGGGAGCCACCACCCAGAAGGAGCUGCAGAGGAAGCAGAGGGUCACCAAGCCCGAGGCGCCGUCUGAGGAAUUGCUGAUGGCCAUGGCCCUGUCCCGGUCCGAGAUGGAGCAGGAGGCCGGGCCGGUGGCGCUCAGACUGGGAGGCGCCUUUUCUGAAAGGAUAAGACUGGGAGCAGAAAAGAAGAGCCGCAAGAGGAAGGCACCUGUUUCCCCUCCCCUGUUGUUAGUCCAGGACCCAGAGACCACGGGGAGGCAGACGGAGGAUCGGGUGGCCCAGCUCUUUGCCGAGGAGAUGGAGCUGGCCUGCACGCCGCCGCUUCCCGCGAGCAGGAUUCUAAAGGAAGAGCUGGGAAAGGCUGGCUGGUGUCUGCAGCCGUCUGGAAAGAAGCAGAACUUUCUAUGGGAGGGCAGCGCCCUGACUGGGGCCUGGGCUCUGGAAGCCUUCUACACGGCAAGCCUGGUCCCUCCCAUGGUGCCCCAGCGGCCCACCAAGGCUCUUACACAGGAGCCCAUGCUCCCCCCAGUGCUGCCUGACCAGCCAGAGCUGGGAGUACAGACGUCACCUGCUCUCCCCAGUGCCCACCGCACAGGCCACGGCCCCAGGAGCCUGCCCGCCUCCGCCAGCCAGAGGGAGCACCAGGCCCUGCAGGACCUUGUGGAGCUGGCGGGAGAGGGGCUGGGUGCCACCCCAUGGCCCUGCAGUGGGGGCCCCGCCAGCUCGGGCGGGGCAGCAGGAAUCGAUUUGUCGCCCACUGGCCUUCCACUGACUGGAUUUAUCCUGCCCUCCCAGGAGGAGCAGCUGGAGAGGGGCAGCCAAGCUUCGCUCACUCUCAGUUUGCUGCUGGCUGACUUCAGAGCCAUGGUCAAUAACCCACAGCUGAGCGACAUCCAGUUUCAGACAGACAGUGGGGAGGUGCUUUAUGCCCACAAGUUCGUGCUGUAUGCCCGGUGCCCCCUUCUCAUGCAGUAUGUGAACAGUGAAGGCUUCUUCGCUGCAGAGGAUGACGACGUGAGGAGCCAGCGCGUGCUGCUGAGUGAUGUGAACACCGAGGCCGCCCUCGCGCUCCUGCACUACCUCUACACUGCAGACCCCGGCGUGCCUCCCCGGCUGGCCCCCGGCCUGAGCGAUCUGGCCCACAGGUUUGGUGUUAGUGAGCUUGUUCUUCUGUGUGAACAAGCACCUGACGUGAUAGAUUCAGAGGACAGACCACGAAAGGAGAAGGAAGACAAGGAUUGUGAAAGCCGGGCAGAGAACUUCCAAGAACUCUUGAGAUCCAUGUGGGUGAAGGAAGAGGAAGAAGCAGAGGCUUCAUUGAAAUCUGAGGGCUGUAAAGAAGACACAGAAAAAGUGGAUGAGGCAGAAAUGGAAGAGAUUUAUGAAUUUGCAGCCACUCAGCGCAAGCUGCUCCAGGGGGAAAGCAGUCCAGAGGUCAAGGAAGAAAUGGACCAGUUCAGGGAGGAUGGUUCUAUGUCUGCACAAAUCUCAGUAAGUGUUCAGGUUCAUGAACAGCCGGAAAAUGCAGAAGCGAUGGAACUGUGCGGCCAGAGAAGAGAUGAGGCCCCAGCCAAAUGGAAGAGCAUGAGACCUUCCACGCCCCUGCUACUCAAGGGCCAGCAAGCAGACAGAGAGAAAGCAGGGUCCCCAGAGGAAGCACUGGGGCAUCCCGGCUCCUCUUGCCCUUCUCAGGGCCGUCAGGCAGGGAGAAAGGAAGAUGCCCUUUGGUGCUCGGCUGCUGCUGCUGCAGAACAGCCAUUUUCAUCGACUCCCAGAAGAUGCCCUGAACCGUUCCAGACAACGAGUGAUUUCCAGGAAGGGAAUGGCACGGGGGCAGAGAGCCCCUGUACCCCUGGCUGCGGGCAGGUGCCCCCAUUGCGCCUGUGCCUGUCACAGCCCCCGCAAGGCAGGAGUCCCAGCCGGCCACACCCUCGCCCUCAGCACACAGGCAAGUCGCCCAGCAGAGCCUCUUGGGCGUCCUCCCAGGACUCACCGUCCAAGCAGAAGAGGGUCAGGAGCCUCCGCAAGCUACUUAAAGAUCCAGGCGUCCAGAAAGGCGAAGGACGUGGUUCCUUGUUGGAGUGCAGAAAUAAAGAGGCUCUGAUCUCCCCAGAAAAAUCUCCAUCCAUUGACCUAACCCAGUCAAAUCCUGGUCAUUUGAGCUCUAGAUCUGAGAAUACGCCAUCCAGCAAGAACAGAGAAGAUGAGAUCAUCCUUUUGUUAGACUCAGAUGAAGAGCUGGAGCUAGAACAAACCAAGACAAAGUCUGUUCUUAAUGGUCCCCUGGAAGAAAGGAAAGUGCUAGAAGUUAGCAGCAAGUCUUGUGAGCUGUUUUCUGUCAUCGACGUCGAUGCAGAUCAGGACUCUUUCCAAAGCCCACCACGAAGAGAGGCGGGGCUGCUCUGUGGGGAGGAGAGGCCUCCAGGGAGCCGGGGCUCUGGUGAAGGCAGGGGGACCCAUCGGCUGUUCUGUGACCCCGAGAGUGGCCCCGAAGAGGACAGCACCACAGACGCCUCAUGGCUGGUGCCCGCCACCCCCCUGGCCAGCAGAAGCCGUGACUCUUCAUCCCAGACCCAAAUAACAGGCCUCAGGGCCAGGGCUUUAGUAGAUCAUGUGGUCCAGUUCAAGUCCUGGGCCCCCCUAGGAAACAGGGAUGCACCUGAAGCUGCAAAUAAGUGUUCAGUAACCAGGCCCCAGAUGUCGCCACCAUGCCUGGGCCCUGUCAGUGCAGGAAGUCCUGACAGCAGGGGCCCAUGCAGUCCCCACCCCAGGCGCCUCCAGCCUUUUACUCCUCUGGCGCCCUGUCCCAUCUCAGGGGGCCUGGCCGAUAGCACAGAGCAGCUCCAGAAGUACUCACCCCCCGGGCCGAGCCUGCUGAAUCGGGCUACCACGAGUGAGGUGGUGGAGGUGGAAGACAGCGAAGACGAGCGGGAGGAGGUGAACAGCAGCCCCCUGCUGGACAACGACCCUCCGAUCCUAGUUGACGACUGCCGCUGGCAUGUGGAGCCCCUCUCACCGAUUCCAAUUGACCAAUUGAACCUCGAGCUGAUGGGGCCCCUGAGCACCAGUAGUCCGAGCAGUGACGGCAGCUCCCCCGCCUUCCUAGGUACCACCCCCAUCCGACAAAGCCGCACCAGCCAAAGAAAGGCUCGAGAGAAGUCCCCUCGGGCCAGCUCGCCUGGGAGCGGCAGGCUGAGUUUUCUGAACUCCGCUCUAUGGGACGAUUGGGAUGGAGAACAGAAGCCUCCAGAGCUCCUUCCUCCGGCCCAGACACGGAGUCCUGAUGAAGCUCAGAAAUCAAAAGGGUUAGAGACUCCAAAAGGUGCUAAUUGGAAGAACUUGCCCCCGAAAAUGCCCAUAACCCCAAUGCCAAGGUAUUCCAUCAUGGAGACCCCGGUAUUAAAGAAAGAACUGGAUAGGUUUGGGGUCCGCCCUCUACCCAAACGCCAGAUGGUCCUGAAACUGAAGGAGAUAUUCCAGUAUACUCACCAGACUCUGGAGUCAGACUCGGAGAAUGAGAGCCAGUCCUCACAUGUGCUCCUGGAGGCUCCGCACAGCCAGACUCACCCCAGCAAGACGUCCAAGGCCUCCAGGGCAGCUGGCCGUGCCCAGCUAGAGGCCGCUUCUGGCCCCCUUCUCCACAGGUCGAAGGGGUCCACUAAGACCAAUCAAAAGACGCAGCCUGGUGGAAGCCUCUCUCCAAUGAGCAUGUCACUAGCCAGGGAGGAGCCUCCAGACCCUGAUGGUGACGCCCAGCUCCCAGCCUCCCAGGAAUCAGUGGCCUCCUCCAUGGACAGCAGUGACAGCUCCUUUAGCUCACAAAGUUCUUCCUUUGAGUUUGGAGCAGCCUUGGAGUCUGCAGGGGAUGAGGAGGGUCAAGAGGAGGUUAGUGUAUCACAGACGGCCGUCCAGGCGGCAGCCACAGAGGAGGCAGUGAGGCGCUACAUCCGCUCCCAGCCGGCCCUCUACCGCAAGGCCCUGCUCUAUCAGCCCUUUGAGCUGGCCGAGCUGCAGGCCGAGCUGAAGCAGCAUGGCAUCCACAUGGCCCUGGGGAAGCUGCUGGAUUUCCUGGAUGCCCACUGUAUCACCUUCACCACCUCUGCGGCCCGGAAGGAGAAGCUCCAGAGGAAGAGGCAGCGGCCCGUGGGCAAGAAGAAGGGGGACAGGGCCAGCAGGCCGGUCUGCCCCUCCCCGCCCGCGGCCAUCAGCAGCCUGUGAGCAGUCAGUGAGCCAGGCCUCCACUGGCGUUUCUGGGCCUGGGGACCACAUCAGCCCCCCGUGAAAGCGACUGCGGCACCGAGCUGGGUCGACUUUCCCCAACUCCAUUUCCAUGGCCUCCGGGCCCCAGGCCCUGCCCCUGUUGGUGCCCACAGUUUAUCUCCUUUUGACCCUGCCAUGGGCAGCUGUCAGCUAGCCAGGAGGAGGUCUGUCAGGCACAGGGUGCCCUCGCCCUGAGGUGGACAUCCAGGACCAGCUUGCGCCUGCCCUGCCUGCCUUCUCCACACUCGGCUGUAAUUCCUGCCUCCACCAGCAGACCAAGUGUCCACAAGCCUCUCACUACAUGUCAGGUGCUCUGCUGGCCCAGACGUCCUGCCCAGACAUCUGUCAUUGUCACCAGCAGUCUCCAAACAGGGCAGUGCAGGCAGUGCAUAGCCGGCUUUGCUGGGUAGGUGGGGGAAGCUGUCUCCAGCCUCAGAAGUGGUAUGGAGUUCGGGUGAGGGCCAGAAAAGAGAAGUCUGUGAAUGCCUUGUCUGUUUUAAAUAUAGUGCAGUCCAUUUUAUAUGAUGUGCAAUAAAAACAAAAAGGCUUUA